AUUUUCGCAUGGAUCUUGUUUUGUUAUUUCAAUUUCAUCUGAUUUAUAAGAUAUCGCCAAAUUAGGUUUCACCGAUUCACACACAAAAUAGCCAUUGUUAACUUGAUUCGGUUGGUCGGUGAACCAAGGUAGAAGAAACAUCUUUAAUUCGAAGUAGUGAUAAGUGAUCUCGAGUAUUAUUCAUGAUGAUCGGUUCUUGCAUCACUGCAUUGAAGCUCCAGGCCAGUGGGAUCUUCGGAACUCCUCUAAAUAAUUCGAGCAUUGUUUCAAUAAUCCCUCCAAGCGUUGCUACUAGACCAUCGGUGAUCGAAGCAAGAGCCAACACCCGAACCGACAAUGCCAAAAUCCGGAACAGAAAGUUAAGAAAAAAGUUCAACGGGACAGCUGUGAAACCGAGACUUUCGGUCUUCUGCUCGGGCAAGCAGCUUUAUGCGAUGCUGGUGGAUGAUCAGAACAAGAAGUGUUUGUUCUACGGAAGCACCCUCCAGAAAUCUAUCCGAAACGAUCCAUUUUGUACUACGGCUGAGGCGGCUGAGCGAGUCGGGGAAGAGGUGAUCAAGGCUUGUGUAGAACUCAAGAUAAACGAGAUAUCUUGCUACGAUCGCAAUGGGUUGAGUCGAGGGGAGCGACUAGAGGCCUUUGAAAUCGCGAUUGGUCGCCAUGGAUUCUUGGCAAGGUAGAUCAGAUCAUCUAUGUGAAUUAUAUUAUACUCCCUCCGACUCAAACAUUAUGCCACAUUUGUGUUUGACACGAGAUUUUAGGUGGGGAGUAUUAAGUAUGGUAAUUUGAGAUAAUUUGGAUAUUAAGUGAUGUGAUUGGAGAGAAAAUUGAUUAUUUGUUUUUUUUUUUAUUUGAGUAAUGUGAUGGGAUGAAGUGAAGUGUAUAUUAAUAUAUGUAUAAAAAUAUUAUUAAUUA